AUGUCCGCUUUUUCAACUCCAGAGCCUGGAUCUUUGCUGCUGCUGAAAGGCACUCGCGGCAACAGCGAGCGAAACGAUGGCCCAAACAGCCGAGAGGAGCAGAAUGACGAAGAAAAACACGGUAAACCGAGGGACCAAGCCAGCGCAGGAAGACGUCGACUUCUUUGUGCGGGUUUGAUUUUGAUACCAAUGAAAACAUUCGCCGGGAGGAAGGAGAAGGGGACCGAUUUGUACCAGAAGGCCAUCACGGCGCCAAAUCCAGAACAGACGGAGAUGCGCAAAAGAAUCAUGUUGACGAUAACAAGAACCAAACGCACUGAUAAAGUGAAGGGAAAUAGGGAGAUGCCUCUGCAAAGUGAUUUUGCGUAUCUCGUCGCGGACCCUCCCAGUCAUGCUCGUAGUGAGACCAGAACCGACCCCUUCGGGCAUGUUUCUGGUAAAACUUGCUACGACCCAACCGACACCCAACGACCUCGAGAUUGGGCAGCCUGUUCGCUAGAUCCAAGAUCAUUCGACGGACCGGAUACACCAGCGCGCUGCUCAACGGUCUCCAGUGCCGAGAAAAGCUUGUCCUUCUCGCAGAGUUCUUCUUGGGUUUCUCGACAGGCACAACGACCGUCGUAUUCGUCUAUUGUUGGCGAGAACUGCGUGUGGAACACCACCUCACGAAGGAGGCGAAGACGAGAACCACCAUAG